AUGCUAUCAUGCCAAAUUGUCAACAUUGCAACAAAGGGAUAUCCUAAGUUCAUCACACCAUGCAAUGACCCAAAAAAAUACUCAGAAGGCCAUGUUGCAAGAGGUGCACUUGGGGGGCUGAGGAAGGAAUUCAUUGCGAUCAAAACCUCCAGGCCUUACAAGGUCCCUACUAUAGAGGAAAAGAGUGAUCAUAGGUACUGCUGUUAUCAUCAGCUUGUGGGUCAUCCAACCACUGCUUCUCAAACUUUGAGGAAGAUCUUGCACGCCGAGAUACAUGACAAAACUCUUGAGCUGCCCUCUAGGAAGCAAGCUUUUGAUGAAGACCCCUUACCAAAAUGA